CAACUGAGACAGACCGCGCAAAGGCUGGGACAGCUGCAAGACAAGAUAGAAUCCCAAGGUCAAAUUACUCGCCGGGACAUUGCCACCCUGUUGCAGCAAGGCAAUGUGGUCCUUGCUCGGGCGAAGGCGCAGAAGCUUAUAGGCGAGGACGUUCUGAGUGACCUACUGCAAACGCUGGAGAUGCAUGUUGGGGUGAUUCUGGGUCACCUGAAUGAGUUCGAGAGGAGUGAACCACCCGGUCCGGCGGUGCUUGAAGCGGCAGCCAGUAUACUCGCUGCCGCGCCAGAUGUCGAAUCUCGAGAUCUUCGCCAGGUCUACGAGCUGCUAGCGAAUCGCCUCGGUCGCGACUUCAUGCGCUCUGUAAACGAAUAUGUAUCGCCAAGAGUCAAAGCUGCACUGUCAGCCCGUCCCCCUUCAGCGGCUGUACUUGAUAGGUACAUGUUCGAAAUAGCACAAGCAAAUGAAGUCUCAUGGAUACCAGACCUCCUGCCUCAGCAGAAGUAA